CAACUUUUACCUUUGAUUGCAGAAAGCAGUCCAAGUUCCUUACACAGCUGUGAACCGGGCGAGAUAGGCGACGCUGUAAAAGUUUCGCAUUUGAAUCUAGUCGACUUGGCUGGUUCCGAACGUGCUUCUGCUAGUGGAGCGGAGGGUCUUAGGCUUAAAGAGGGCUCUUUUAUCAAUACAAGUCUUUUUACGUUGUCUGAUGUGAUCUACAAGCUCAGUGACGGCGAUGGCGGUUUUAUUCCAUAUCGCAACUCGAAGUUGACACGUAUCUUGCAAAAUUCCCUCGGCGGUAACGCCAAGACGUCAAUCAUCUGUGCGAUAACCCCAGCGUCGAUUGACGAAACUCAUACAACUUUGCAGAUAAAGCAUCAGAGUUCAGUUUUGCUAAGGGAUUGUGGUGGUUUGAUUGUUAUUGAUUACGUUUUAUUUGAUGUGCGAAUAUUUAUGGUUCUCGAUCAAUGA